AACGAUGACGUAAUUAUAGUCAACCCCACCACUGACUAGUCGCUGGGACCAAGGCGAAGUUUCGAAGCCUUCGCUGGUUGCUCGCUCUGGUAAGUCUAGCCAGUCCACGUCUCUUCGCGGGCAAGAUUGCGAAAUGAAGCUGAUCACUGUAGGAGUUUUGGCGACGCUGUGCGUCGCCACAUUUGCCGUUCAGCACACCCACGACAAGGUUGUUUGUUUCUGGAACUCGACCUCUUUCGAACGCCAAGGUCCGGCUAAGUUCCAAAUAGAAGAUCUGCGCCCGGCACUGUCACUCUGCACCCACCUGGUCUACGGAUACGCUGGCAUCAACGCCGAGACCCACGAAGCCACACCUCUCCAUCCAAACAUCGACACUGGAGCCGGUUACGCCUUCUUCCGUACGGUUACUCAGUUCAAGAGGACCUUCCCUGACCUCAAGGUCUACCUUAGCAUUGGUGGAAACGAUGACCCCUAUGAAGAGACCCACAAGUACCUCGUCGUGACCGAGACGAGCGAGAACAGAGCAAAGUUCGUCAACUCUGUCGGACGUCUUUUGACCGAUUACGACUUCGACGGUGUGGAUCUGGCGUGGCAGUUCCCCGAGGUCAAGGUCAAGAAGAAGCGUGGAUUCUUCGGCAGCAUUGCUCACAGUGUCAAGAAGGUAUUCGGUUAUGGCAAGUUCAAGGACGAGAGGGAGCAGGACCACCGUGACGGGUUCACCAUCCUGGUACGAGACAUCAAGAACCUCCUCAGACAGAGGAAUAACAAGGACCUCACCAUAACCGUCCUGCCCCACGUGAACUCCUCCAUCUACUACGACGCUCGAGCUCUGACUCCCAACAUCGAAGCGGUACAUCUCUUCGCCUUCGACCAGAAGACUCCAGACCGCAACCCCAAGGACGCAGACUACCCUGCCCCGAUUUACGAAAGCUACGGACGCGCUUUCGAUGAAAACAUCGACGGUCAAGUGAGGUACUGGCUCGAGCACGGCACUCCAGGAAGUAAAAUCAUCGUCGGGAUUCCGACUUUCGCCCGCACCUGGAAGCUGACUGCUGACAGCCAGAUAUCCGGAGUGCCUCCACUGGACGUGGACGGCCCUGGAGCAGAAGGACCGCAAACUUUGACACCUGGUCUCCUCUCCUACACGGAGGUCUGCACUCGGCUGACAGAGACGACGCUCGGCACAAUUUUACGCCGGGUUAGCGAUCCCUCGAAGAAGUACGGAAGCUACGCCUACCAGUCGUAUAAUGAUGCGACCGGCGCCGACGGCAUUUGGGUCGGAUACGAGGACCCGGACACUGCCGGAAACAAGGCGAACUACGUGAAGGCAAAGGGCCUCGGUGGCGUCGCGAUCGUCGAUCUUUCCCUAGACGAUUUCAGAGGCGUUUGCACCGGUGACAAGUUCCCGAUUACCCGUGCAGCCAAGUACAAGUUGUAAAGCGGAAUUUGGGGCCAGUGAACGGCAAAAUUAAGCGUUCGAUUGUCUUGUUUCUCCGUUAUGUUCUUCGAAUUUGCCAAAUUAUAAUUUCAGUUUAAAAUU